AUGGCAGCCCCUUCAUCAGUUAAUGCCAUUCUCAUCACCGUCCUACUGCUUCCUAUCCUCCUGGCCCUGAAGCGGCUUUACUUCCACCCGCUAUCUCGGUACAAUGGACCGCUUCUCUGGGCAUUAACCCGUGUGCCGUAUAUGCUGGCAUUCCGCAAUGGCAAGUUGGCGCACAAAAUAAAAUCGUUUCACGAGGUUUAUGGCGAGACCGUCCGCGUUGCCCCGAAUGAGGUGUCCUUCAUCAACCCCGACACUGUCAAAGACAUCUAUCAGCGCCGACCGAGCGGCGGCGGUUUCAAGUCACUUCCCAAAGAUCCCAUCCGCCAGGCACCUCCAAGGCCAGGGCAGCCUAUUAGCAUCCUCGAUGCGGGCGAUGCUGACCACACACGACUCCGCAAGGCCUAUGCGGCCGCCUUCAGCAGCCAGGCCUUAAGCGCCCAGGAGCCGCUCGUUGCCAGCUACGUCGACAAGAUGAUCACCCAGAUGCAGUCCCAGAGCGAACUAGCUACGCAGAAGGUUGAUCUACAAGAGUGGAUCAGCUUCUGCACCUUUGAUAUCGUCUGCAAAUUAAGCUUCGGCGAAGAUUUCGGCUGCUUGGACAAUCGACGCUACCACGAAUGGGUGGGCCAACUCGUCUACUCGCUCAAAGCCAAAGUCCAGCUAGCCUCCUGCCGCUUCUAUCCCUGGCUGUUUAACUACCUUGUCAAGCGCCUCCCAAAAUCUGCGGGUGUGCUCAUGGCCCAGCACCAAGCCACAACCAAAGAGAAGGUGAAGCGCCGGUUACAGCAGCUGGAAAGCGAUGCCAGUACGGGAGUCAAUGAUGCGGCAGGGGUUAUUAGGCCGGAUUUCCUAGCACACCUUGUGCAGCAGCAAUCCCGCCGGGAAAUCUCCGAAGGCGAGAUGGUAGCGAACGCCGCAACUCUCAUUGUUGCUGGGAGCCACACACUUCAAACCGCCAUCACUGGCAUUCUCUUUCACCUCCUUCGGAAUCCAACAAUAAUGGAUCGCUUGACAAGCGAGGUGCGCGGUGCAUUUCCCUCUACCGAUCAGAUAAACGUGUCAACCCUGCUCAGGCUGCCCGUACUAGAAGCAGCGAUCAAGGAAGGCAUCCGUCUCACCUCCCCCGUGCCCCUGGGGUUGACUCGACUGGUUCCCAUUGGGGGCCAUACCAUCAAUGGGGAAUAUUUUCCAGAGGGGACCGUUGUCUCCUACAUGCAAUGGGCUGCCAAUGUCUCCCCACAGAACUAUACUGACCCUCAGGCCUUCCGCCUUGAGCGCUGGCUCAACUCGCGCCCGUCGAUUUCAUCUCCGCCGGAUGACCCCUUCGAAAAGGACCGGCGACAUGCUACGCAGCCGUUCCUACAAGGCCCGCGGGACUGUAUUGGUCAGAAUUUGGCCCGCAUGGAGAUCGUCCUCAUUCUGGGCAAAAUUCUGUAUCACUUUGACGUGCAGCCAGAGGGGCCCCUCGGACGCUGGGAGGAUCAGGAGACAUAUGCUGUCUGGGUUAAGACCCCGCUGGCAGUGAAUUUACGAACAAGACAGGACAUGAGAUGA